AUGCCUUCUGAUGAAACAAUAUCUAAAUCGAAUGGCAAUAUCAAUACUGCCACCAAUAAUAUUCCUACUACUACUACUACUACUGCUGCCAUUACACAGCAACAAGACGGACAAGACAUACUAGAGGAUCAAUCGACAUUAUUUUAUAAUAAAUUGAAUUUUGUUCGAGAAUUAACACCUCGACCCGAUAAUUAUUCCACAAUUAAUUCAUGUAAUCAUAUUGAUUCAGUCUUAAGAUCCAAAGCUAAAACCACUGUAUUUGAAACUUAUAGACAAGCAGUAUUAAUAUCUCAACCAUUAAUUAAAUCAUAUAAAUUGAAAAAAGAUGGAUCAAUUAUACCGAUUAAAAAAUUAAUUAUGUCGAAAAUAUCAGCAUUAAAAUGUAGUCAAUGUCAUUUAAAUAAUUUUAAUAAUUCAAUGAUUUGUUUACAAUGUCCUCAUGUUGGUUGUUGUUUUAAUGAUUAUAAUCAUUCUUAUUCCCAUUAUAAAUCAACUAAACAUAUGUUUUCUAUUGAUUCAAGUUGUGGAUUAUUAUAUUGUUUUAAAUGUAAUGAUUUUAUUAAUCACCCUGAAUUAGAAAAAAUUCGAUUACAAAUUAUUCUUGGUGAUGAUGAUAAUAUUGAAAAUAUUAAUGAUAAAAAUAAUAAAGAUAUGAAUAAUUUUAUUAAACAAAAUUAUGUUGAUCCAGGAAAAAUUGCUAUAAAAGGAUUAAAAGGAUUUAUUAAUUUAGGAGCAACAUGUUUUAUGAGUUCAAUUUUACAAACUUUAAUUCAUAAUCCAUUAAUUAAAUAUCAAUUUUUUAAUAAUGAUUUACAUUAUUUUAAUUGUGAAAAAAUUCAUAAUCAAUUUAUUAAUAAUGGGAAUAUUGAUGAAAAUAAUGCAUGUAUAACAUGUAGUAUUGAUAAUAUUUUCCAAUCAUUUUAUACAUCAACUACUAAUGAAGGAUUUGGUAUGACUAAUUUAUUAACUACUGCUUGGUAUAAACAAAAAUCAUUAGCAGGAUUUGAAGAACAAGAUGCUCAUGAAUUUUGGCAAUUUUUAUUAAAUGAAUUUCAUAUGGAUUAUCAAAGAAUUAUAAUGAAUUUAAAAAAUGAAAAAUUGUCAAAUAUAUCCAAAAAUGAUGGAUUAGAAUCAGUGAUAAAUUCAAAUUCUUGUGGAUGUAUUAUGCAUUCAACAUUUUCAUUUGAAUUACAAAGUUGUAUUAAAUGUAAUUCUUGUGAAUCAAUUACUGAAACUGUUGAUCCAAUGAUUGAUUUAUCAUUAGAAGUCAAUUUUACAAAUUUAUAUCAAUCUUUACAAUCAUUUACUAGAGAUGAAAAAUUAGAUGAUUAUAAUUGUAAAAAUUGUAACACCACCACCACCACCACCAACAAUAACAAUAACGGUAAUUCAAAAACUUCAGCAAUUAAAAAAUUACGAUUGAAAACUUUACCACAAAUAUUAUCAAUUCAAUUGAAGAGAUUUAGACAUGAUACAUUAGGUAGUUUCCAAGCAACAAAAAUUCAAUCUCACAUAGAUUUCCCAUUAUUUUUAAAUGUUACAGAAUAUUCAGUUAUUAAUGAUACCGAUUAUAUUUAUCAAUUAUUUGCAGUUGUUGUUCAUCAAGGAUCAAUUAAUACUGGUCAUUAUACAGUAUUUAUAAAAAAUAAUGGUAAUUGGUAUAAAUUUGAUGAUAGUGUAGUUACCAUGGUUUCUCAAGAUGAUGUUAUCAAUUCCGAAGCAUACUUAUUAUACUAUAUAGUUUAA